AUGACUUCCACUCUCGAUUCCAGAGACGACGGCGACCUCGCCAAGCACAGCGCAGCUGGUCCAUCAACAAAUGGUGCUUCUGGCUACCACCCUCCACAGUCCCGUACUACGGGUCGCAACGGGGGAAUGGUCAAUGUCGAGCCACCAAAAAUGGAAGAUCUCCAACCUGAUUAUGCGCAAACACUCCAUGCAGACGAUGCUGCUGCGCAAGGCUGGUAUGGUUCUAUGAUCAACACCCUUGGUGCAUGUAUUGGAAACUUCGGUGCUAUUCCCUGCUGUAUUAUCUGUCCUAAUCCCUACAAACCUGUCUCGCAGGGUAACGUCGGCUUGGUUACAAAAUUCGGUAGAUUCUAUCGGACGGCCAAUCCUGGCCUAGUCAAGAUCAACCCUCUCAGUGAACGUCUCAUUCAAGUGGAUGUAAAAAUCCAGAUUGUUGAGGUCCCCAAGCAAGUCUGCAUGACCAAGGACAAUGUCACUCUUCACCUGACCUCAGUCAUCUACUACCAUAUUACAUCCCCACACAAGGCGGCAUUUGGUAUUUCCAAUGUUCGUCAAGCUCUUGUCGAACGUACACAAACAACCCUUCGUCACGUCGUUGGUGCUCGCGUUCUUCAAGACGUGAUCGAGCGCCGUGAGGAAGUUGCGCAAUCGAUCGGAGAGAUCAUCGAGGAUGUGGCUUCAGGAUGGGGUGUGCAAGUCGAAAGCAUGCUUAUCAAGGAUAUCAUCUUUAGCUCCGAGCUCCAAGACUCGCUCUCCAUGGCCGCUCAAGCCAAGCGUAUCGGCGAGUCCAAAGUUAUUGCUGCACGUGCUGAAGUCGAGUCCGCAAAGCUCAUGCGACAAGCCGCCGACAUCUUGUCCAGCGCACCAGCCAUGCAAAUCAGAUAUCUUGAAGCAAUGCAAGCCAUGGCCAAAUCUUCCAAUAGUAAAGUUAUCUUCUUACCAGGCGCCUCGCAAGUGGGAUCUCAGAUGGCCUCAGCACUCGCCGAGGGGUCCGAUCAAGGCGGCCCUACUGCCGCUCAGAAGUAUGACAAUGACUUUGGAGGUACUGGCUCCGGUUUCCAGCAGGCAAUCAAUGCUCACGUUAUCGAAAAUAUCUAA